GAUAUAGACCACAGCAGUCAAAAAGCUAUCCCAAUUUCGCUUCUUUUUUUUUUUUCUUUUUUAAAUAACCCACUAAGUUCAUAUUGCAUGGGUGUGUGGUGAUCCACUGGAUUAUGCAUGGGACUCUUAUCACUGAUCGCAUCUCCAAAAAGAAUGAUCCUAGGAUCGGUGGUUUAUCCUUUGCGGGGCAAAAUGGAGCUCGAGGUCAUGAGUAGGUAUACCAGCCCAGUGAACCCGGCUGUCUUCCCUCACCUGACUGUGGUACUUCUGGCCAUCGGCACGUUCUUCAUCGCCCGGUUCUUCAUUUAUGAGCUCACCUCUACCAAGUACACACGCGGUAUUUACAAAGAGCUCCUCAUCUCCUUGGUGGCCUCACUCUUCAUGGGCUUUGGAAUCCUCUUCCUCCUGCUCUGGGUUGGCACCUACGUAUGAGUCUCCAAGGGUACCUUUUGUAAAUUAAUUUUUUUUUUUUACCAUUGCUAUGUGUCCCACCUGCUGUUUACAAUAAAGGCAGAUGUGUGACCAAAAAAAAAAAAAAAAAAAAAAAUCCUCCUGGCCUGGCAAUUACCACUGCCUCGGUAAGGGAUGGGGCCAGGAAAUCACCUACCCCUUCUAGGCUGGAAUUUUGGCCGGUCUUGUUCAGAUAACUGCACCCACUGAGAGCCAUGCCAUAGCCAGACCUUCACCACCCCCCAGCUCUGACAUUCUUAGAUGACAGCCCACUCCCACUAGAGCAGCCUAGCCCAGAACAGAGAGACUGCCCAGCUGCAGGCUGUAGGCAUCUUUCUUCAAUCAGUAGUUUUUGCUAGCUCCUGGAAUAUCAGAAUUGUGAUUUUCAUGCUACCAUCAGUUUACAUGGCAUACAGGUGUGUAUGUGUGCAUAAAUGCGUACAUAGUAAAAGAAUUUCUAAGGAAUUAGUAUUAUUAUUGCCAUGCAUUAAAUCAGUUAAUACAGUGAA